GGACAGCGCUGGCUCUUCGGCUUGGAAACGGAGGCAGGUUGCCUCAGUGGCAUGCUGAGGAGAUCCGGACUGCCUUUGACCCAGGGGCUUCUGAGGAGAUCUAACCCUCUUGGAUUCUGCUUGUGCUGCUCUAAGGCAAAAAUGUCCACAGUUUCUAAGGCUCGGAGGCUGGAAGGUGCGGACAAGAACAUCUGGGUGGAGUUUGUGAAACUGGCCGCCACGUACAAGACGGUGAACCUCGGCCAAGGCUUCCCUAACUUUCCCCCGCCAGACUUUGUAAGGGAAGCAUUCGUGGACGUGGUCAGCGAAAAAGAUACCUUGAUACACCAGUAUACGCGGGCCUUCGGACAGCCGAAUCUGGUGACCAUCCUGGCCAAAUUCUUUGGGAAGUUGUUGGGCCGAGAGCUUGACCCGCUGGAUAACGUGCUGGUGACAGUUGGGGCCUACGAGGCUCUCUUCUGCUGCUUCCAGGCUCUGGUGGACGAUGGAGACGAGGUGAUUAUAAUCGAGCCGUACUUCGACUGCUACGAGCCGAUGACGAAAAUGGCCGGUGGGACCCCAGUGUUCAUUCCGCUGCAGCCAAAAGCAGCGGGAGACGGGAAGCUGAUGUCCAGCGGAGACUGGCGGCUGGAUCCAAAAGAGCUGGCGACCAAAUUCACAAAGCGAACCAAAGCCAUUGUCUUGAACUCUCCGAACAAUCCGCUGGGAAAGGUUUUCAGCAGGCAAGAGUUGGAGCUUAUUGCUGAACUCUGCGUGAAACACAAUGUCUUGUGCUUCAGCGACGAGGUGUACGAGUGGCUGGUCUACGACGGAAACAAGCACGUUCGGAUCGCCAGUCUACCAGGAAUGUGGGAGCGUACUCUGACCAUUGGGAGUGCUGGCAAAACUUUCAGUGCGACAGGUUGGAAGGUUGGCUGGACCUUGAGGCCAGAUGAGCUUUUGAAGCACUUGAGGACAGUCCAUCAGAAUUCAGUGUACCACUGUGCAACAGCCGCACAGGAAGCCGUGGCCCGCGCUUUCCAAACAGAAUUUGAGCGCCUGGAGAAGCCAGAAAGCUAUUUUGUCCAGUUGCCGAAAGAGUUGCAGCAGAAGCGGGACCGGUUAGUCAACUGCCUGUCUGCCGUGGGGAUGAAGCCCGUGGUUCCUGAAGGCACCUACUUCCUGAUUGUGGACCUCACAGAAUUCAAAGCGCCAUUGCCUGACUUUCAGGACUCUGAGGAACCCUACGACUUUCGGUUUGUAAAGUGGAUGAUCAAGAACAAGGGUUUAGCAGCCAUCCCGGUCUCUGCCUUCUACAGCCCUCCACAGAAGAAGAACUUUGACCGUUUCAUCCGUUUCUGCUUUGCGAAGGAGAACACCACUCUCGAUGCCGCAGCUGCCAUCUUGCAACAGUGGAGUCAGACGAAACCCAGUCAAUAAGCGAUUCCUCUUGAGCGGGCUUUGUAGCUGGAGCUUUGGUGCAAGCAGGGAAGGAGCCCCCGCUGCCGAGUUUCCUGCUGCCGAACUGCAUCAUGGGAUAUCAAAGGGCUGUGCCUGUCUGUAUAGGCAGGGAAGUGAUCAUCCCCAGGGACUGGUUUGAUGGGUGAUUUCUUUCCUCUCUGUCCUCCCAGGAGCUGUGAAACCCUUGGGCAUAUUGGAGUAACCCUAAAGAAAAAUGUUUUUGCUUUGAUUCCAAGGUCAUCACUUUUGAUGGGGAGGAUUUUGAGCAGGGAGCCGAAUACGCUUCCUACUGGACUUCUUCCUAUUACCGCAAGAGAUCUGAAAUAGCCUCUUUUAAUGUUUGAUUGGAAAAGCUUUCCUUAGACGAGCUACAAGCAGAGUGGUGUGUGGGUCCCCCUCCCCAUUUGUUGCACUCUCCUGGCAGGUGCCUUGUAAACCUUCUAUGUGGUUGAGUCAUCUUUUUGACUCCUGGGAACUUGUGGUCUCUCUCUCUCUGCUUCUUAGUGGCACUGAUCCCCUACCCCUAAAGGGUAGGACGAGCAUUAGCCUUGCAUACAUGACACAGUUGUGUUACAGGCCAAGCAGGGAGAAAUGGGAUCACGUCUGCUAGUCUCACCCGCCCCAGCACAGGCAUACAGUUUGCACAUGUGUAGACUCUCUCUGAGGGCUCUUGAAGGGCUGCGUUGCAUAGUUCGAAUGCAUGUAUGGGGAGGAAUGCGUUUGGACCAGAGGCCUGAUGAGUGUGAUCCUGCUCUCCCUUUGCACAUUGCCUGCACAGGGUUAAGUACAAGGGCAACUCCUGUUGGUCCUGGGAUCCUCCCAAUUAUGCUGUGCUGCAGUCUAGGAAAGCGGUCAAGGAAAUUGUAGCACUGAUUGCCAAUAAAGGAUAUGUUGUAUAAAUAAAGUAGAUUUGCAUUGUGAAUUCAUAGGGUGUAGAAAACUGAGUCAAGACUGGCUCCCGGAUUGUACAGGUGCUCAGGUGUUGUGUUUUGGCCCUGAGAUGCAUUCAGUCCCCUGGAGUCCGUUUCAGCCCAUGCGGGUGGCGGCCAGGACCUAACACAGCUAGUGGGGAUGGCCGUGUGUAUUUCGGAGAUUUAUAUCCCGCCUUUGAACCCCAUCAGGGCCAGCAGAGGCAGGGAAGCUGUGCUUUUUCCAGGGAUGACAACUGCCCUACACAGUUCCAUGUAAACCCAAAGAAGAAUCUAGUUUAUGCAACAUUGCUCUUGGGCUCCAAUCCUAUGUAAAACUAGAUGUGCUUGAGCCCGUUAACUAUACGAACAGGAGACCAGACGUCAUCGCAAAAACCAGUGUUCUGCAGAAGCAUACACAAAAGGUUGGGCAGCAUGACCAAACAUGCACCCAGAAUUAGCCAGUUACAGCCAUGAGUGUGUGUGUGUAUCUGGAUUAUAAUGGAGCCCCUAAAAAUGCAUGUUAUCAAAAUCAGUGACUGCUAAAAUUGAAUUCAGAAUUUUUUUUUAACAUCUUCCAGUGAGGUAAGGAAACAGAGCUGUACAACUGGUGUAGAUUAAUUUGUUUCUGGUAGAUGUGUCUUGGUCAGCUAAAGAGGUGCUUCCCAGUUAACCAUGGGUACUCGCUGCCACCACCUGCUCGUUUUAGGGGUUUCCCGCUGGGAUGAACAGGAAUCCCAGUUCCCCGUCCUGUUUGUGAGGCCUGGCCUCGGGGUCUCCUGAUAACCAGCACCUGGUUACCACAGAGACCAAGUUCAGCUUUGGGGCUCCCCGGGCAAAAUAGCUACCUGCUCACUGGCUGCUUUCCUCCCAGCCCGGGGGUCCCUCUUACGACAGUGUGUCCACAGCAGUUGGGGGGGGGGGGAGGUGUCUGUGUGGUACAGAGAGUAAAGGCCAACCCUUCAAAGUCAAAAAAGAAUUUAUCAAAAGUAAAAUAUUUACAAGCCUGCUUAAGCGUAGCACCAGAUCAGCAAACGGAAUGCAAAGAAAAUUUGGUGCAAAACGCAUCCUC